CUGGGUUUAUAGCCAUUGGUUUAGCCUCGGCAGCUGACAGAGAGACAGAGACAGAGACGAGCUUCAUAACGAGGUGAAACGUUCUUUUGUUAACUUAAACAACUUUCCUGUUAUUUAAUGAUGCGAAACAUGUAUUCAGCGAUGGACCGUACAACGUUAAAUCUCUCACAGCGCUUGUAAUCAGCUGUAGAUUCGGCUUUAGUGCGCGUGUCAGAUCUGACUGUAUGACCAUGACAACGGCGUCGUUAACGGAAACCGCUCAGCAAAUCAGAGACCGGCUGCUUCAGGCUACUGACGCUCACUGCAACAUUAGCAAUAUGGUGGCUGUAUUGGAUGUGAUCUCCAUCCUAGAGAAGUUCCCCAUCACAAAGGAAGCACUUGAGGAAACACGGCUUGGGAAGAUGAUCAAUGACUUGAGGAAGAAGACCAGAGAUGAGGAUCUGGCAAAGCGUGCAAAAAAGCUCCUGCGAAACUGGCAGAAACUGAUUGACCCACAGCAACCUGAAGUACUGCCAAAGGACCUUUCAAGCACUUUUGUGGGAUCCAACCGGUCACAGCCAUUGCCUGUAUCUAGAUCUCCUCAGACUGCAACAGAUAAUGACAAGACGCCAGUUUUGCACAGUAUCCACACUUUAAGUACUGACAAAUUCUUCCCUAUUAAACACACAGGUAAGCAAAAAGUGGAAAAGAACAUAGCAACGUUAAAGGGCACAAAAAGAUCUGCACUGUCAACAGCCAGUGGAAGCAGUGAUGGUCCAGAAGAUCUUCAGAUACACACCAGUGCUAUAAAAACUCAAUUUAGUUCUCCUGAACUCAACAAAGAAACUGCUGCUUCUACAAUCCUCAGAAAAUCAGUAUUACAACAGCAGGGACAAAGAGACUUAAUAGCUGAUGAGAAAGUAAAGCACAAAUCCCACAGUCACUACACCAACCUGAGUCCUAGAUCAGUAAAGCAGUCGUUACCAAGCAAGCAGCCAACGUCGUUUUCUGCCUCUGAAUCCGAGACUCUUUCUGCACUGCCGUUGCACUCUUCCGUUCAGGGUGUGCACACCGAGUGCUAUCAAUCAAAGGACCUGUCACACCUAGAGAAGGAAUCGCUCCUAAACAGCGAGAGGACGCUUGAACAAAUGAAUAACCUGCAGAACAAGUCUAAAGGCUUAGCACGGCUUCAGCCAGGUUUACUCAGCGAGGUUACCAACGUGGAACCAGAAAAAGAUAUUAUCAAAACCUCAGAGGGCAAGAGGAGGAAGCCUCAGUCGAGAGACUACGCCAUCAACGUGGAAGGACGUUCGUCGGACGACAUGUGUAAACCCGCUCGAGUAAAAAAUCGUAAAUUAACCUUUGAUCCCCUCACGUUACAAAUUAGACCUUCAGCGGUGAAUCAGAUUGAAGAGCAACACAAUCCAGCAGCGGAUGUUAACGAAUCGGUGAACGUGAAGCAAAGCCCUUCUGAAUCUUCACCCAGCGCUUUGCACAAGAUGAACUGGAAAGAUAUGUCACAAAAUGAAAUUGUCAAAUAUUACCUAAACCUCCAAAACAAUCUGUUAAAAACGUCCGGGAAUCAAGUCCCAGGGGCGCACUUUUUUAUGAACGAGUACUUGAAAUGUGAGGAAGACAACAUGAGGGAGGCCAGCAAAACGUACGUCCAGGUGCAAAACGUUACAGAAACUAAUCUGCCAGGAAUAAACCGAGACGUCACAACAGACGACGUAGACAAAAUAAACAAUAAGCACUGGCCUGGAGUUAACGGCUGUUACGACAGCCGAGGCCAGUGGUACGGCUGGACGGAAUGCUUAUCUUUAGACAUGUAUGGAGAUGGAAGUAAACUUGAUAUUCUUCCCUAUGUUUGUAUUGACUAAAAAAUCUUCUGUAAUAAGAAUAAAAUUGUUCUGGAUCUCA